AUGCCUCCGCCGGUAGCCGCCGCGCUGGUGAUGCUGCUCGCCGUGGCCUUGGGCGCGGCGCGCGCCGCCGACGACCUAGCGUCCGACACCGCGGCGCUGCAGGCCUUCAUCGCGCCAUUCGGGUCGGCGUCCGUGUCCUGGAACGCGUCCCGGCAGACGUGCUCCUGGACCGGCGUCGUCUGCUCCGGCGGCCGCGUCACGGGGCUCCACCUGCCCGGGGACGGCCUCCGCGGCUCCGUCCCCGUCGGCGCGCUCGGCGGCCUCACCAGGCUCACCGUGCUCUCGCUGCGCUUCAACGCGCUCUCCGGCCCGCUGCCGGCCGACCUGGCCUCCUGCGUCAAGCUGCGGGUCAUCAACCUGCAGUCCAACCACUUCUCCGGUGAGCUCCCGGCCGCGAUUCUCUCCCUCCCGGCGUUGACGCAGCUAAACCUCGCUGAGAACCGGCUCUCCGGGAGAAUACCGCCCGCCAUUGCCAAGAGCGGGAAGCUGCAGCUGCUCUUCUUGGAGGGCAACCUCUUCACCAAAGAGCUGCCCAACGUCGACAUGCCAUCCCUCUUGUCUUUUAACGUCUCCUUCAACGACCUCACCGGCGAGGUUCCCAAAGGCUUCGGCGGCAUGCCCGCCACGUCUUUCCUCGGCACGACACUGUGUGGCAAGCCCCUCCCGCCGUGUCGAACACCAUCUACCCAACCACCGUCCCAGCCUCCCACGGUUGCCCCCGAAGCCGCGGCCGCGGGAAACGGCCACGGGCGGGGCCGGCGACACCUCGCGGGCGGUGCCAUCGCGGGCAUUGUGAUCGGCUGCGCUUUGGGCUUCCUGCUUAUCGCCGCCGUUCUGGUCCUUGCCUGUGGCGCCCUGCGCCGGAAGCCAAGAAGAACCUACCGCAGCCAGGACGCCGUCGCGGCGGAGCUGGCCCUGCACAGCAAGGAGGCGAUGAGCCCGAAUAGCUACACUCCACGGGUCUCCGACGCGCGGCCGCCACCGCCCGCAUUAAUGCCGCCUCCGGUCGCCCCCGUCUCCGUGGGGCGGAAGAAGCUUUUCUUCUUCGGGAGGGUGCCGAGGCCGUACGAUCUGGAGGACCUGCUCCGCGCGUCCGCCGAGGUUCUUGGCAAGGGCACGUACGGUACCACGUACAAGGCCGCGCUGGAGACGGCGCCGGCGGUGGCAGUGAAGCGUCUCAAGGAGACGUCGCUGCCGGAGCGCGAGUUCCGGGACAAGAUCGCGGCUAUCGGUGGGUUGGACCAUCCUAACGUCGUGCCACUGCAGGCCUACUACUUCAGCAAGGACGAGCGGCUCAUGGUGUACGAGUUCGUCGCCACGGGCAGCCUCUCCUCGAUGCUUCACGGCAACCGUGGCGCCGGGCGAUCGCCGCUGAGCUGGGAGUCGAGGAGGCGGAUCGCGCUGGCCUCGGCGCGCGGCCUGGAGUACAUCCACGCGACGGGCUCCAAGGUGGCGCACGGCAACAUCAAGUCGUCCAACAUACUCCUCGGGCGGUCGGUGGACGCGCGCGUGGCGGACCACGGCCUGGCGAGCCUCGUCGGCCCGGCCGGCGCGCCGUCGAUGCGCGUGGCGGGGUACCGCGCCCCCGAGGUGGUCGCCGACCCGCGGCGGCUGUCGCAGAAGGCGGACGUGUACAGCUUCGGGGUGCUGCUGCUGGAGAUGCUGACGGGGAAGGCGCCGACGAACGCCGCGCUGCACGACGAGGGCGUGGACCUCCCGCGGUGGGCGCGGUCCGUGGUGCGCGAGGAGUGGACGUCCGAGGUGUUCGACACGGAGCUGCUGAGGCAGCCGGGCGCGGAGGAGGAGAUGGUGGAGAUGCUGCGGCUGGCCAUGGACUGCACCGUGCCGGUGCCCGACCAGCGGCCGGCGAUGCCGGAGAUCGUCGUGCGCAUCGACGAGCUCGCCGCCCCGGGGUCGGCGUCGUCCAUGGCACGGCCUGGCCGGAGCAUCUCGGUCGACGAGGCCGACGACCGGCCGCUCAAGCCGGCCGGGUCGAUCCGAGAGAGCUGA